CCCAUGCGCCCGGCGGGAGGCGCCUCGGGAUGUUUCCGUCUGGUCCUUCCCUCCGCCCCCCGCGCUGACUCCAUCCGCUCCCCGCCCCCUGCUCGGAGCCGCCGCCACGCGGGAAGGGAGGGAGCCGGCCCCGAGACUGCAUCAUUCCGCACCGGCUGCUGCAGGGCCAGAGGGAGCAGGUGGAGCGAGCCAGCGAGCCGCGAGCCGGAGCGCGCCAGACCCAGGGCGAGACUGCAGUGACGCGGCCCGGGAGACAUGGCGGCCGGGCGUCUCUGAAUAAGCAGCAUCCGGAGUCCCUCGCUGCCCCCGGCCGCCGCAGCCCGGGCCAUGCCGCACGGCUGCUGACCGCACGCAGGGGCCGGCCCCGAGGACACAUGCGGCGGCCUUUGCCGCCUCGCCCCUGACUCUCUGCCCUGUUCUCCAUGUUGCAUUUCUCGUCAGUUUCUCGGGCGGUGUAGCUGCCGCUGCCACCAGAGCCGGCGGGGCAUCGCGCUGCUCAUUCAUCCGGCCGCACUUUCUUUUCCAUUUCCACCCAUCCCUUCCCAUUUCCUUCUCCCUUUCCCCGCCAGCUUUGCAUCCAUCUCCCCCACCCCGUCACCCCCUCCUGCCUCCAUCCACCGGGGCUAUGGCCGCAGAAGAGGUAUUGCAGACGGUGGACCAUUAUAAGACUGAGAUAGAGAGGCUGACCAAGGAGCUCACGGAGACCACCCACGAGAAGAUCCAGGCUGCCGAGUACGGGCUGGUGGUGCUGGAGGAGAAGCUGACCCUCAAACAGCAGUAUGAUGAACUGGAGGCUGAGUACGACAGCCUCAAACAGGAGCUGGAGCAGCUCAAAGAGGCAUUUGGGCAGUCCUUCUCCAUCCACCGGAAGGUUGCUGAAGAUGGAGAGACUCGGGAGGAAACGCUUCUGCAGGAGUCAGCAUCGAAGGAGGCUUACUAUCUGGGGAAAAUCUUGGAGAUGCAGAACGAGCUGAAACAGAGCCGGGCUGUGGUCACUAAUGUACAGGCAGAAAAUGAGAGGCUCACCGCGGUCGUGCAGGAUCUGAAGGAGAACAAUGAGAUGGUGGAGCUACAGAGAAUACGGAUGAAGGAUGAAAUCCGAGAAUAUAAGUUCCGGGAGGCACGGCUCCUUCAGGACUAUACUGAAUUGGAAGAAGAAAAUAUCACAUUGCAGAAACUAGUGUCCACAUUGAAGCAGAACCAGGUUGAAUACGAAGGCUUAAAGCAUGAGAUUAAGCGAUUUGAGGAGGAGACGGUACUGCUGAACAGCCAGCUGGAAGAUGCCAUCCGAUUGAAAGAGAUUGCUGAGCACCAACUGGAAGAAGCCCUCGAGACUUUAAAAAAUGAAAGAGAGCAAAAGAACAACCUGCGGAAGGAGCUCUCCCAGUAUAUCAGCCUCAACGAUAACCAUAUCAGCAUCUCAGUAGAUGGACUCAAAUUUGCCGAGGAUGGGAGUGAACCAAACAAUGAUGACAAAAUGAACGGUCAUAUCCAUGGACCUCUUGUGAAACUGAAUGGAGACUAUCGGACUCCCACCUUAAGGAAAGGAGAGUCUCUGAACCCUGUCUCUGACUUAUUCAGUGAGCUGAACAUUUCAGAAAUACAGAAGUUGAAGCAGCAGCUUAUGCAGGUAGAGCGGGAAAAGGCCAUUCUUUUGGCCAACCUACAGGAGUCACAGACACAGCUGGAACACACCAAGGGGGCACUGACAGAGCAGCAUGAGCGGGUGCACCGGCUCACAGAGCACGUCAAUGCCAUGAAGGGCCUGCAAAGCAGCAAGGAGCUCAAGGCUGAGCUGGAUGGGGAGAAGGGCCGGGACUUAGGGGAGGAGGCCCAUGACUACGAGGUGGACAUCAAUGGUUUAGAGAUCCUUGAAUGCAAAUACAGGGUGGCAGUAACUGAGGUGAUUGAUCUGAAAGCUGAAAUUAAGGCCUUAAAGGAGAAAUAUAAUAAAUCUGUAGAAAACUACACUGAUGAGAAGGCCAAGUAUGAGAGUAAAAUCCAGAUGUAUGAUGAGCAGGUGACAAGCCUUGAGAAGACCACCAAGGAGAGUGGUGAGAAGAUGGCCCACAUGGAGAAGGAGUUGCAAAAGAUGACCAGCAUAGCCAACGAAAAUCACAAUACCCUUAAUACGGCCCAGGAUGAGUUAGUGACAUUCAGUGAGGAGUUAGCUCAGCUUUACCACCAUGUGUGUCUAUGUAAUAAUGAAACUCCCAACAGGGUCAUGCUGGAUUACUAUAGGCAGAGCAGAGUCACCCGCAGUGGCAGCCUGAAAGGGCCCGAUGAUCCCAGAGGACUUUUGUCCCCACGAUUAGCCAGGCGGGGUGUGUCAUCCCCGGUAGAAACAAGGACCUCAUCUGAACCAGUUGCAAAAGAAAGCACAGAGGCCAGCAAAGAACCAAGUCCAACUAAGACCCCCACAAUCUCUCCUGUUAUUACUGCCCCACCGUCAUCUCCAGUAUUGGAUACAAGUGACAUUCGCAAAGAGCCGAUGAAUAUCUACAACCUUAAUGCCAUAAUCCGGGACCAAAUCAAGCAUCUGCAGAAAGCUGUGGACCGGUCCUUGCAACUGUCUCGUCAAAGAGCAGCAGCUCGGGAGCUAGCCCCUAUGAUUGAUAAAGACAAGGAAGCCUUAAUGGAAGAGAUCCUCAAGCUAAAGUCCCUGCUGAGCACCAAACGGGAGCAGAUCGCCACAUUGAGGGCGGUGUUGAAAGCCAACAAGCAGACAGCUGAGGUGGCGCUAGCUAAUCUCAAGAACAAAUAUGAAAAUGAAAAAGCAAUGGUGACUGAAACCAUGACGAAGCUUAGAAAUGAACUGAAGGCUUUGAAAGAAGAUGCUGCAACCUUCUCAUCCCUGAGAGCAAUGUUUGCAACAAGAUGUGAUGAAUAUGUCACCCAGUUGGAUGAGAUGCAGAGACAGUUAGCAGCUGCAGAGGAUGAGAAGAAGACUCUAAACACUUUGUUACGAAUGGCUAUCCAGCAAAAACUCGCCCUGACCCAGAGGCUGGAGGACUUAGAGUUUGACCAUGAGCAGUCCCGACGCAGCAAAGGCAAACUUGGAAAGAGCAAGAUCGGCAGCCCUAAAGUAAGUGGGGAGGCAUCAGUCACCGUGCCCACCAUAGACACUUACCUCCUGCAUAGUCAGGGCCCACAGACACCCAACAUUCGGGUCAGCAGUGGCACUCAGAGGAAAAGACAAUUUUCACCUUCCCUUUGUGAUCAGAGCCGUCCCAGGACUUCAGGGGCUUCCUACCUACAGAAUUUAUUAAGAGUUCCCCCUGAUCCCACCUCCACAGAAUCAUUUCUUCUGAAGGGCCCCCCUUCCAUGAGUGAAUUCAUCCAAGGGCACCGGCUCAGCAAGGAAAAAAGGUUAACCGUGGCUCCACCAGAUUGUCAGCAGCCUGCUGCCUCCGUACCGCCACAGUGCUCACAACUAGCCGGGAGGCAAGACUGCCCGACUGUCAGUCCUGACACAGCUCUCCCCGAGGAGCAGCCACAUUCCAGCUCCCAGUGCGCCCCUCUCCACUGUCUCUCCAAGCCUCCUCACCCCUAGUCUUCAUCUCCUGUGGACGAACAUCUGGGGUGGAAGUUUUGUAGCCACACACAGGAUACUGCCCAAGAUCCAGCGGGUGUUUUCUUCUCGGUUGUUAGAUGUACAAUUGGAUUAAUGUCCAUCGUUUUGGAAGACGAGAGAAAGUUGAGAAGAAUACGAAGCACAGACCCUUAUGUGAUAAAACAUUUUGUGGUUUCUCUGAGUCACAGAUAAACUUCUGCCAUCAAAUGGCUACAGUUCAUUUAAAUUUAAAAAAAAGAAAAAAGAAACAGGAAACGUGUCUCAGAUGGCUGGCUUUACCUCGAUAGCAUAAGAGAGACCUAAGACAUGUAAAAUACGUAUAUUGUAGUAUCAUCUUUCCUCACACUCCAAAUUCAGCUAGGGAAGUUGAUUCCAAUAUUUUUGUCAUUGAUAUUUAUUUUGUACUUUAUUUGCUACAUGAUUUAUGUCUAUACAAAUAAUUUCUCUGAGGUGAAUUUAAUUCAUUUAUUUUCAAAUAAGCAUAAUUUGCUCAAUUAAGUAUGAGUUUGAAUUUAGUUUGAAAUCUGGAAUUGGCCAGACUGUGGUCAUUUUUCUUGCACAAAAUGAUAAAUGAGGUGCAUCAGAAUGUUAACAAUAACUGUAUUUUGCUGCUACGCUGGUAUUGUUUAUGCACUUAUUUUCUAAUCAGUAGCUCAUUAACUGCUGGGUUGUGUUUUUGUAUUUUUAACUAGAGUUCUUCACUGGACAUUACUAAGUAAAUCUAAGAAAGAGACUAAGUUAUGAUUUAUUGACUUAUUCAAGUUUUGAUGGCAUCUUUAAUUUUAUUUCUUCAUUGCAGUUGAGUAGAUGUACUGGUGCUGCUCCUUUGUAUGUGUGUAUGUGUGUGAUAAUGUUAAAGAAGGCUCAAUAACUUGAAGGGAAAAAAAUGGUGUGUUUAUUUAAUGACCAGAAUUUUUUUUACUUCUCCCAAAAUCAGGGUCCUACUGAGUCUUUCCUGAUAAAAGGUAUCAAGUACAAAUGGGAAAAUAUAUACAUACAUAGAUGUAAGAUAGCCUUUAAUUAAUUAAUUUACCCAGAGAGUGUUCAAAGUUUGAUUAAAAUUGUAUGUUUUGUUGUUGUUAGGUUUUUUCAUAACGAAUAUUCCUUGCCAAAAAAACAAUAGAUAAUAAACCUUAGCUCAUUGUCUACUUUUGACAAACACUCAGGUGCCUACAAACAUUCUAUUAUCUUGAGAUAAUACAUGUUCCUGGUUAAUUUACAGAUUCUGCUGGGUAACUUUUAUGACUUGAUUUAAGGCAGUGGAUUUUCAUGGCAAAAUUUAUUUUGCACAUAAUCUGACAAACAAGGAAAACAGCUAACUGAGCUGAAAGGUCUAACACUCUUGGGCUCCUUAACCAUCAAGUGCUGCCCACAGAAUUGCUCCUAGCCCUGAUUCCUUGUCUUUGUCAGGUAGCCUUAACUUAUUUAAAACCAUAAGGGUUUGACCUUUUCAUAUAAAGACAUCUGUAACUUCUCUUCAAAACAAAAAUGACCCUCACUGUUAACACAAAGGACAGUUACCAGUGUAGGGCACUGAGAAAGGAGAUCCAGGAGCCACUCAGCUUAUUAAGCGAACAUGGGUGGCACAGAAAUGGAGUGGUCCAUCAGAGACCAAAUGGUAAGUCGUAAAGCACAUUGCAGGAGCUUUCGUUAGUCAUACGCCUAUUAAGUAGUGGUCGCUAUUACCAAAGCAACCAGGACGUUUUAUGUUCUUUAUAUGAGUGCUAUUUUCCACAGUGUCAUUUAUUAUGCAACGUGGAGUAAAGAGUUGAAAUCUUCACCAAAAUAGGGGUUCAGGUUAAAGUACAGAAACAGAAACAAAACGAUUCGACAUGAAGUUCCCAACCAUAGCAGCCUAACCUUCCGCUCUUUUCUACCUGCAUGGCCUUGCUGUUCCUAAACAUUGUCUUCAUUUCACUGGCAUUGUAUCUGCCUAGUACCGGUAUUAGUGAGACUGUGGAUUUUAUCAGAGUUCAAUGAAAGAAAGCUUACCCUUGCCCUCACUUUGUGUUUUUUAUUUUCCCCCCUUUCUCAAGCACCACGUAUUUGGACCUGAGAAGUGGCAUAGCUGCUAAGUUGACUUUUAAUAAAAACUGUUUGUGCCUGAGGGAAAUAUAUGCCUUUUUAAAAAGUACCUCAGAACAUGUUCCUAUAUCGUCUCAUCGGUUUUGUUUGGUGGGACUGGGAGUUCAGCAGGAAGUAUUGUCUGUGUGUGAUGAUGGGGCAGUAUUGCCAGUCGGCGAUGUUGUAUUUGCAUUCUUUAUCCCUAACUCUGAAUCUAGGACUCCAUGAAAAGCCGGGUCACACACAAAACAUUUCUUCCAAUACAAAGUGUAUUAUUACGACUAUUAUAAACUAGUUUCAUUUCAGUUAUUUAUCUUCAUAGAGUGGGAAAGUCUUUUUCUGAAAUACUAAUUCUAUGAAAAUAAUUUUAGUGAAUCUUUGCCAAGAAGUUAUAGAAACUUGGAAAUAAAUUUCUCAUUUUCAGCACAAAAUUAAGUGAUAGUCCCUAAGCAGUAAGAGAGAAUACCAUGUAUUUACACUGUGGCAUCAUUUAGUAUAGUUUACACUGAGCCAUAUCUAUAUUUAUUUAUAGGCAUUUAAAAUGAAUCAAUAUGUGUAGUGUUGAUAAAAAUCAGUAUCUGUAAAGAUGACAUCAGGAAUUCAAAAGGAAAUUGAAAAGGGGCAGAACUAGUGAGAACCAAAAAGAAUGAACUCCAGUAAGACUAAUUGAAGACAUACUUAGAGAGGAAAAAUAAACAGCAGAAAUACACUAAAAAAUACUGGCUAAUUAUUGCAAACAGAGUGAGCAAAGACUAAUGCUAACUAGUAAAAGUAGUUAGCAAAGUAAACAGGUAGUUUUUUAAAAGUAAGCACAAUUACAAUAUUGAAUAGUAUGGAGAAAUGUUUUUCUCCUGAGGAUUUUCCUUAAUCAAAAAAUAAGAAGAAGCAAUAAAUUGUCUUUGGCCUGAGUGCCGAGCGGCAUAAAUAAAGGAGCUUGGCUUAAUCUUUCUGGUCCACACAUAAUCCAUUAGAUCCCAUUCAUAUAUCCAAUUCUGGAUCUAAUAAAAGAAUUUGGAGAACUUUGAGGAAAAGGAAAAUUGUUAAAUAAGAAAAGACCUAUUUAGAAAUUAUACUUUAGUCUAAUGAAGAGGAGGUACAAUAGUGGUCUUCAAGAAAAGAAUAUUUAACAAAUGAUAGAUAUCAGCUAUAGAUAUUGUUACUAAGUCUAGAAUAAAAAAGGCUUCAGUGUGAAGGAUGUAUAGUAACUCUAGGAAAGAGAUUUUUAACACUGGGAAAUUAACGUGGAAAUUGAUAAUCAUAAAGAAUAUUUGUUUUGUAAAAAUUGAAUAUCAUUGGUGGUCUAGUAAGUAUUAAGUGGCAAGAUAGGAGAAUGCAUUUCAGUUCUGGGAGCUCAUAAUCCUCUGAUUCUUUUAUUUUAAGUUUUAAAAUACAUUAAAGUUUUACUGGUUAAUCAUAAAAUAUUUUAUAUUUGAAAAUAGGAUGGCAAUCUUUAUUUUUCCAAGAUAUUUGUUGGAAAAAAAAUGAUUGUUGGUAUUAUUUUUUCUUUCAGCUAUAUUCCAUGGUAUCUUUAAAAUUGUUCAGAAUAUAGUACUUUUACUAAAAAACUUCACUUGUCAGAAUCUAAAAAAACAAUGUCCUCAGGAAUACUUCAGAAAUAGAAGGUAUGCAAUCCCUCAGUGGGGGGCAAACACAUUUCAGAUUUCGUCUUUAUUUAAAAGGAUCUUCAGUCUACAACAUUUGCUUUUUUGUGCUUUGGAAAAUAUCCUUGUGCAGAUAAGUUCUUCUGUUUGAAACAAGCAUGAAACACUGGUCCAAUAACCUAAGAAUGUGGAGAUUUCUUGAUAUUCUGUAUUAAUUAAAGUUCUCUACAUGUCUCAAAUGGAGAUCACAAAACAUGAAAAGGAAGAAAUGAAAUAUCUUUUCUUCUGGGAUGAGUGUCAAUUUUAAUGUAUAAUUGUCAUAAUCAAUCAGCCAAAAGUUACAAUCUGUCCCUCAGAGACAUCGGGGGAAGCUGAUGGAUUUCCAGUAAGGAACUGUGGUGGGUUCAAACUCAGGCUGCCACAAAUACAUUGAUAUGGUAGGUAGGAAGUAGGACUAAAUUUGAAAGAAACAUAGGGUAAAGUUCACAAUUUUAAAAAGGUUGCCUUCCAGUUUUUUUGUUUGUUUAUAAACUAGAGUGAUUUUUAAGUAACCCUUAUAUUUAAGGCUGCAAAAAAUGUACAAGAAUAUGUUUUCAAGUAAAGGGAACAUAAUUCUUCAAAAAGCUGUUGAACUGGAGUUAUGAUAGGUUAUGACAGAGAGCAUGAUCAGUGCUGAUACUGACAAGUACUUUUUUUACCUUAAAAUCAACUUCUAUGGAACUACAAGAUCAAUCUAGCUCCCGAGUGACCUUUUCCAUUGUCUGUAAUAAUGCCCUCGGAUGAGUUGUGUCUAAAAUUAAGUUCAUCUUUAUUUAUAUGCCAACAUAACUGCCAUAGUCCCUAAUGUAUUGCAUUUGUAACCUGAUCGUAUUAUGUUUACACCUGAAAGAUUUCAUCUAGACAUGUCUUUCGUCCUUAUUAUUCAAAGUGUAAUUGAAAGAGAUAUUUAGUAUUAAGACAUGUUGCCCAAUUGAGAAUUUUCCAGAAUAUUCUACUUAAGAAGAAGAAGAGCAAUUAACUGCCUUUAGUGUAAGGGCGAGAGUGCAUAGAAAUAUGCAAUGUAAAAUGUUUGCAUGAAUUAUUUCAUAUCAUGUAAGCUUUCCCAUAUUCAUAAGAUGAACACUAUAGAAGUCUCAUUUCUCUGUGAUCGUCUGUCCAUUAGGAAUGUAAGGAGAUUGUUAUCUAUAUCUAGUCUCCUUUCCAUAUUGAACUGCAUGGCUCUAAUCCUCAGCGUAUUUUUAUCCCUUCUCGAGUUAUUUAAAAUUUGCCCUAUUUAAGCUGAAGCCUGGAUAAACUGCUGAGCCAGAUUAUUCCUGUGAUUGGAGUUUAAUUGCUGUAGAACACUUGUUGAGAACACAUUUUUUACUUUUUUUCUUUCAGAAUUAUUCUUCGAUCAUUGUUCUCUAAUGAAAACACCGAGAAGUAAAUCUGGUGCUUCUUUGUGUAAAUAUGUUUUUCUUUUUAAAAAGUCAUUUUAAAACAAAGAUGAGAGAACUAUAAAGUAAGGGGAAAUAUCAUUUUAUUUAAAAAUAAUUAUUCAGUGAUAGAUAAUGGAGUUACAGAAUGAAUCAUUGGGUUCAUAGGUAUGAUUUGUGCAGCCAAUCUUAGAGGAAAUACAUCAUUUUAACAUCAUUCCCACAAAAUGUUUAAGCUCAAUGGUUUGACUAUAAGAGUCAAACAAUUACUGUUUGAAAAUCUCUUAUGACAUUUUUAUAAUCUACUCAGUGUUUUUAUUUGCAUGAUUAUGCUUAUGUGAUGAACCAUCCAUGAUUCUGAUAUUGUAUUUCUUUCCAGUAUUAACAUGUGUAUUGUGUGGCCAACUCUGAUUUGUACACUGUAUUACUGUUGUAAUGAUUCAACUGUUCCUACAUUUAAUUGCAGUUUUAUUAUUAUGCCUUUUGGGGUUAAAUGAUGUGAAGUGUUUCCACCUACUGAUAAAUACCAUAUGAAAACAUGACUAAAAGACUGAUUUAAGAAACUUUUUUGUUAUUUUUAAAAAUAUGAAUUUCAAAAGAAAUGUUCUCAAAGACACAUGCAUUUAUUUUAAAUUCAAAAAAUUCUUAUGAAUUUAUUAUUGCUUGUACUUUAACAUUUUUUUAUUGUAGACAAUCCUAAGUGAAUAAUGUCUCAUGGGAGAAUCCACAUGAUAUGUGCUUGUAUUUGUGUAAUCUGAUCAUGCACUCAAUGGUUGGAAAAGGCACUCCAGUGCUAAGAAAAUAACCAGAAGCCAAUAUAUCGAUUCUUAUAUCUUGGUUUAUGUUACCAACUGAAUAUGGUGUAAUGCAUAACUUUUUCCAGUAAAUAAACUGGUUAUUUUUUGUUCAUUUCA